GCCACACAGUGGCAACAACGUGGGUUAUGCUGCAGACCUGUGCACUGAAACCUGGGACGUAUUGAUUGUACAUUAACUAAUGUAAAAGUGUUUAUCACUCCUGAUGACAUAACCGCCUCAAUAUGGGCAAACAGCAGCAGAAGAAGAAUGUCGCGGAUAAAGUCCGUAAGACCAAAACUUCAACAGAGAUCAAGAAUAACCCAUUCGAAGUAAAGAUCAAUAAGAAAAAAUUUGACAUCCUCGGCCGGAAGACUAAACAUGAUGUUGGGCUCCCUGGUGUGUCCAGAUCCAAGGCUAUCAAUAAACGGAAAAAUACACUCUUGAAGGAAUAUCAACAGAAAGGUAAAGCAAACAAGUUUAUCGACAGACGGUUUGGUGAAUAUGACACCAAGAUGGCACCAGAGGACAAGAUUCUACAGAGAUUUUCCUUGGAGAGACAGCGGACUCUGGAGAAGAAGGACAUUUACAACCUGAACGAAGAUGAGGAGCUGACCCACUAUGGCCAAUCAUUGGCCGAGAUGGAGAAGCUCAAUGACAUUGUUGACAGUGAUAGUGACUCGGAGGAGAAAGGACUGUUGUCUGCGGAACUCACGGCCUCCCAUUUUGGAGGAGGGGGUGGUCUCCUGAGAAAGAAAAGCCCAGGGGAGAAAGAGGAUGGGGGGACCCAGAAGGCAAAAUCUCGUCAGGAACUUAUAGAGGAGCUCAUCAUCAAGUCCAAACAGGAGAAGAGAGAGCGUCAGACUCAGAAAGAAGAGUCCCAAGUUCUGACAGAAAAGCUGGACCAGGACUGGAAGUCCAUCCAAGGUCUACUGUCCCACAAAGGCUCCAAAGCCCAAAGCCAGGACCAGCCGGAGAAGCCUAAGCUGGAUGAUUAUGAUAUGAUGGUAAGAGAGCUUGGCUUUGAGAUGAAGGCUCAGCCUUCAGAGAAACUGAAAAGUCAAGAGGAGCUGGCUCGGGAAGAGAGAGAGAGGCUACAGAAACUGGAGGCAGACAGAUUGCGCAGAAUGAGAGGUGAUUUGGAUUUGGGGCCCAAGAAAAAAGCGGUGCACUUCUCUGCUGACGACUUGAAUGAUGGCUUCAUUUUGGAUAAAGAGGACAAGAAGAUGCUGGCUUAUCAGGAUGGAAAGUGGAGUGUGGAAGAAGAGGAGGAGAAAGAGGGUGAAACUGAUGAAGAGGCGGAGGAAUGCGAAGAGGAAGAGGGUGGUGAUGAUGAUGGUGAUGAUGAUGGUGAUGAUGAUGAUGGUGAUGACAGUGGAGACGAUGAGGACGAAGACGACAGUGAGGAAGAUGCUCACUCAGACCUGGAGUCAGAGCAGGGCAGUGUAGAAGAGGAGGAGGAGGAGGAGGAGAAGGAGGAGAAGGAGCUGGACCAAGAUGAAGAGGAAUUAGCAUCCGCCAGCGCUCCAUGCCCUCUAAGUGAGGAGGAGAGGAAAGCUCAGCAGGAGGUUGCAAAGGCUGAGCUCCCAUACACCUUCAAAGCUCCAGAAAGCACGGAGGAACUGAAGAGCAUGUUGCUGGGCCACUCCCCAGAGAAACAGCGCCUGAUACUGGACAGAACUCUAAAGUCCAACCACCCAAGUUUAGGAGUGGGCAACAAGCUAAAGCUGCAGAAAAUGUUUGGUUUCCUGCUGGAGUACAUGGGCGACCUGGCUAGCAGUAAGCCUCCCGAGCUGAACACCGUCAACAUUCUCAUUCCGCAGCUGUAUGGACUUAGUCAGCUCUUUCCUGCUGCAGCCUGCAGGGCCAUGCAGACUCUGCUUUCUGACAGUGCGCAUGACAUUGACGAAGCGGUUGAGGUUACGGGACGUGCUGCCUUUCCAGGCUUAGAUGUGCUGAUUUAUCUGAAGAUUACAGCUCUGCUGUUCCCCACCUCUGACUUUAGACACCCCGUCACCACACCAGCUUUUCUUUGUAUCAGUCAGGCCCUUACCAAGUGUCCCGUGACUAGUCUGCAGGAGGUGACGUGUGGCCUGGUCCUGUGCUGCCUGGCUCUGGAGUAUGUGGCCCUCUCCCAGCGCGUCUGCCCUGAGGUCAUCAACUUCCUGCUGGGCGUGCUCCACCUCGCCGUGCCUGACCAGACCAACCUCGGGUACUCGGUGGUGUCACCUUUCAAGCAAGUGAGCCGGUUCAGUGAGCUGCUAGUGCUGAGCAGCCCAGAGGCCCCUGAGGGCUGGAGCAGGAAGGCCCUGCCUCUCUCCGCAGCCCAAGGGCUCCCGCUCCACAGCCACCUGGAGAGAGACCACUACAGGCUGUCGUUGCUGGAUACAUGUUUAGACCUUGUGAAGAAGUAUGCCGUUUUAUAUAAGGACACCCCUUCCUUCUUCCACAUCUUUAAGCCAAUCAGGGCUGCUCUUGAGCACCUCCCUUGGAAGACCUACCCACCCACUUUACAGGAGUGUCACAGAGAGGUCCUGGAGACUCUACCAGAGACUCCUGCAGAACAACUUCCUCUGGUUUUUGAGAAGAAAAAGCCCAUUCCUCUCAAGCUUCUUACCCCUAAAAUCGUUCAAGUGCUGGAUUAUGGCAAGAAGCGAGGCAACACCAAGGAGCAGCGUGAACAGGAGCGGUUGAAACACAAGUACAAGAAGGAGUUCAAGGGCGCACUCAGAGAGAUCAGGAAGGACACACGUUUCCUGGCCCAGGAGAAGCUUUCUGAUGUCAUGAGAAGGGAUUCGGAGAGGAAGAGGAAGGUGAAGGAGCUCCUUGGCAGUUUAUCUACUCAGGAGGGAGAGUGGAAAUCCCUAAAGAAAAUGAAGAGGAAGUGAGCAGGAGUGGAAACGUCCCCCUCUCUGGAGAUGGAGUAUGCAUAGAACACUGUUCCCAUACAGAACUCAAGCUUCAUUGUCGUUAUGCCAAUGUGACCUAUGCAACAAAGCACCUUUCAUUUCAUAUAUUGUCAUGAAGCUUGAUGCUGGUCUGCAAAAUAAUUUCAGGCUGGCCUUUGACAUGUGUUUUUAUGGCCGAGUUGAUAACUGGACACUGAGCUAAAGCCACCUGAUCUGGCUGAGUCUGUUUUAAAAAUGUUGACCUUUUUUUUUUAUAGAUUUAUGUUUUGUGAAUAUUGCCAUUUUCUGAAAUAUACCUGAUGAAAAAAACUAAUGUGUUGACGAUAUUGCUUCUGCUGUGACAAAUGAGAGUGGUGUAGCAUGUUCUCACAGGCCUUAGGCACUACAUGGCAGGAGUUCACUGUUUGAAAACGAUAACACUAAAGGAGCUAUGCCUGGCAGCUUUUAAGCCUUAAAGGUGACAUGGAAUGGAAAUCAUUUUUGCCUUGGUUUUGAUGAAUUAGGAGAGGUUGUGUAUAACCAAAGAGCUUUCAUGAACCUGAGGCAUAGUUGUGCCUUAGAAAUAGCCACUAUAAAAUGGGCGAAUUAGAACAAAGCCUACUUGUGAUGUCAAAUAUCGCAAAGCCAUUGAAGUUCAAUUGGGGUUGCCAAAGAGGGUGCCAUUUAGUCAAAAUUGUUAUAAAUGAAAGUUGAAUAUACUAUUUUAACAUCAGAGAACACCGUAC